UGAGACUAUGCAGAAAGUGCCUCCAAAGCUUAUCAUCCAGAUCUGGGACAAUGAUAAAUUCUCAGCUGAUGAUUUUAUAGGCAGUCUGGAAAUGAACUUGACCAGCAUUCCACGACCUGCCAAGCGGCCUCGUGAUUGCACUGUGAAACUCCUGCAGGAGAAUGGUGGUGCAGGCAGAUCCUCCACUCCUUUUCACCGUCACAAAAAGAAGUGUAUUUCCCUGUUCACCCAAAGGAAUAUGAGGGGCUGGUGGCCCUGCAUUGUUCUUGAGAAAGACAAGCCACGAGUGUCAGGUAAGGUUGAAAUGACUCUGGAGUUGCUCACUGAGCAGGAGGCUGAAGAACUGCCAGCUGGGAAAGGAAGAGAAGAGCCCAACGCAAACCCCUUUUUGAAGCCACCAGAGAGGCCAGAGACCUCUUUCCUAUGGUUCACAGCCCCCUUAAAGAGCCUCCAUUUUAUUAUAUGGCAGAAGAGUAAAUGGAAGAUCCUAAUUUUCCUUUGCAUCAUGCUGGUGAUCUUGCUGUUUGCAGAUUUCAUCUACUCCGCUCCUGGUUAUCUGGCCAUGAAGUUGGUCAAUCCAAUGAAAGUCCAUAGUUCAUCUUGGUCCAAGCAGUCUUCGAAGAAUGAAAUUAACACAACCUCCAAAAUAACAUGGACAACCGCAAAAAUAAUGCAGACAGUUCCAAAGAAGCCAUUGCCACCAUCAGUUCCCAAAAAAGUGCCACCAGCAGCUCCCAAGAAAGGGCCACCAACAGCUCCCAAGAAAAUGCCACCAGCAGCUCCUAAGAAAGUGCUUCCAGCAGUUCCCAAAAAAGUGCCAACAACAGCUCCCAAGAAAGUGUCAUCAGCAAUUCCAAGGAAAGUCCCAGCAACAACGCUGAAGAAAGUGAGACCAACAACGCUGAAGAAAGUGGAACCAACAACUGUGAAGAAAGUGCCACCAACAACUAUGAAGAAAGUGCCACCAACAACUGUGAAGAAAGGGCCACCAACUCUGAAGAAAGGGCCACCAACAACGGUGAAGAAAGUGCCACCAACUGUGAAGAAAGUGUCACCUCCCACCUCAAAAAAGCCAUCACCUCCUCCUAAGAAACCACCAAAACCAACUCCCCCAAAGCCACCACAACCGACUACCAAGAAACCACAGCCAACCUUUCCCAAAAAAACAGCUCCCCCUAAAAAAAGAUUAGUAACACAAAAAAAAAUACCAGUAGCUCCCAAAAAAACACCACAAGUUCCUCGCACGACAUCACCAACUCCUAAGAAAAGACCACUGUCUAUAUAGUUAAGUUAUAAUUUUUUGCUAAACAAACAAAAUUCCUGCCCAGUUCUUCACAGCCAAUUUGAAAUUCUUGCACCAAAGGAAGGUUCUUCCUACGUCCUCCAUGUUGCCCUCAAAGGAUCUACAGGAGUAGAAACAUUCAGUCUUCUAUGAAUUCUGUACAAUCCUUCCAACUUUUUCACUUCCAUGAUGGUGUUCCUCAAUUUCAAAGCCAACCCCACAGUAUCUCUGUUACCUGAAAUAGUUGCAGGGGAAGAGGGGGGAAAGAAAUGUGUGAUGCGAUGGGGUAGGACUUCAGAAAAAGGGAGCUUCCUGAAUGUUCUCCUAGUAUCUCCAAGAGGCAAAGAGAGCCCCUCAUUAAAAUAAGAUGUAGGCCAAGAGGAGUCAAAACCUUGUUGGUUAUAGAACUAGAGCCAUAAAUAUUUGCAGGGCAAUCUUAUGCAUGUUUUAAGCAAUAACUUGAGGUAAGUCGUA